AUAAUUUGUCUUCUACCCCAGAUUCAGAAUAUUGUCAUUAAGAACCAGAAGUUUGGCUUGAGUGAGGAUGAACCCUACGAUCCAUUCUAUUAUAUCUAUUUUGAUGGAAUUAUGGGAAUGGCUUAUCCCCCUCUAUCUUAUAUGGGACCAUAUACUGUCAUGCAGCAGAUGGUGAAUCAAGGACAGCUUUCUGAACCCAUUUUCAGCUUCUAUUUCUCACGCAAACCCACCUUUCAGUAUGGAGGGGAAUUGAUCUUAGGAGGGGUACUGGAUCGGCUCUUCAUUGGAGAAAUUUCCUGGGCACCUCUCACUGAAGAGACAUACUGGCAGAUUUGUAUUGAUGAGUUUGCCAUUGGCAACCAGGCUACUGGCUGGUGCAGUGGUGGAUGCCAGGCAAUUGUAGAUACACACAUUUUCCUUCCGCAGGACGGUGGAAGUUGUGUAGUUGCAAUUGAGACCACAUAUGUUGCAUCUCGGAAUGGACAACCUCUGUGGAUCCUGGGUGACGUCUUCCUUAAGGAAUAUUACUCCGUCUUCGAUCUGGCCAACAACAGGGUGGGCUUUGCAAAAUCAGCUUAGACAAUGCCAUAGCUAUCUCCUUUUCAUUCCAAUGCUGGUGUUCCACAGAUUCUAAUAUAAUGACUUUAAAUUAGACCUACAAUAUACAUCACAGAUAUAUUUAUGUCCUAUUGACUGUGUGGGAUCAAAACGCAGGACACAAA